UUGGAGGAGAAGGACCGCCUGUCCCCUCUCUGCUUUUGCUGUCAAUGGCUUUCGGAACAUAUUUUAUUUGAAUGUCUGGGACUUUUAAGUGACCAAUAAUGGAUAUUCUAUGGAUAUUAUGGACCAUACAGGCCGUAAUAGCUAUUGAAGAGACACUCAUGGACUCCACCACAGCCACGGCGGAGCUCGGCUGGACCGUCUACCCUGUGUCAGGGUCAAGUGACAACAGUUGGGAGGAGGUGAGCGGUUAUGAUGAAAACAUGAACACCAUCCGGACGUACCAAGUCUGUAAUGUUUUCGACACCAAUCAGAACAACUGGGUACGGACAAAGUACAUCCGGCGUCGUGGUGCGCAGCGGAUCCAUGUGGAGAUGAAGUUCUCUGUUAGGGACUGCAGUAGCAUUCCUAAUGUUCCAGGCUCCUGUAAAGAGACUUUUAACCUAUAUUACUAUGAAUCAGACGCUGAUACAGCCACCAGAACAUCACCACCUUGGAUGGAGAACCCCUGGAUCAAGGUUGACACCAUCGCAGCAGAUGAGAGCUUCUCCCAGGUGGACCUUGGGGGCAGAGUGAUGAAGAUCAACACUGAGGUUCGGAGCUUCGGCCCAGUGUCACGGAACGGCUUUUACUUGGCCUUCCAGGACUAUGGUGGCUGCAUGUCACUCAUUGCUGUUCGUGUCUUCUACCGGAAGUGUCCUCGUGUAAUCACUAACGGGGCAUUAUUCCAGGAGACGCUAUCCGGAGCAGAGAGCACCUCUUUGGUGGCAGCAAGGGGGGCUUGUAUCCCAAAUGCAGAGGAGGUGGAUGUGCCUAUUAAGCUGUACUGCAAUGGGGACGGAGAGUGGAUGGUACCUAUUGGGCGCUGUAUGUGCAAGGCUGGGAAUGAGGCUGUGGAAAAUGGGACUGUUUGUCGAGCCUGUCUGUCCGGCUUUUUCAAGCCAACUCAAGGAGAUGAGCCCUGCAUGCAGUGUCCCAUCAACAGCCGUACCACCAGCGAAGGCGCUAUUAACUGUGUUUGCCGAAAUGGAUACUAUCGCACCGACUCGGAUCCGCUCCAGAUGCCGUGCACAACUGUCCCCUCAGCUCCGCAGAAUGUGAUCUCCAGUGUAAAUGAAACCUCUGUGAUGCUGGAGUGGAUGACCCCUCGAGAUUCAGGGGGCCGUGAGGAUGUAGUCUUCAACAUUAUUUGCAAAAGCUGCGGCGGAGGCCGAGGAGGGUGCACCCGAUGUGGGGACAAUGUUCAGUUUUUACCCCGUCAGCUGGGCCUGACAGAAACUCGGGUCUACAUUAGUGACCUGUUGGCCCACACACAGUACACGUUUGAGGUGCAGGCUGUCAACGGGGUGUCAGAUCAGAGCCCCUACUCCCCUCAGUACGCCUCAGUCAACAUUACCACUAACCAGGCUGCUCCAUCCACUGUAUCUAUAAUGCACCAGGUCAGUCGUACUGUGGACAGCAUCACCCUCUCCUGGUCCCAGCCUGACCAACCUAAUGGAGUCAUCCUAGACUAUGAACUGCGGUAUUAUGAAAAGGACCAAUCAGAAUAUAACUCUACCGCUGUCAGGAGCCAGACCAACACAGUGGUCAUCCGUGGCCUCAAGCCAGGAAGCAUCUACGUGUUCCAGGUCCGGGCCCGCACCGUAGCUGGGUUUGGACGCUACAGUGGCAAACUGUACUUCCAGACCAUGACUGAGGAGGAAUACAACACCAGCAUUCAGGAGAAGCUGCCUCUCAUCAUCGGCUCGGCAGCUGCUGGUUUGGUGUUCCUCAUCGCUGUGGUCGUCAUCAUCAUCGUCUGUAACCGGAGGCGUGGCUUUGACAGGGCUGAUUCAGAAUACACGGACAAGCUGCAGCACUACACCAGUGGCCACAUGACUCCAGGAAUGAAGAUUUAUAUUGAUCCGUUCACAUAUGAGGACCCCAAUGAGGCUGUGAGGGAGUUUGCCAAGGAGAUUGAUAUAUCCUGUGUGAAGAUUGAACAGGUCAUUGGUGCAGGAGAGUUUGGGGAAGUGUGCAGUGGCAACCUGAAGCUCCCAGGUAAAAGGGAGAUGUUUGUGGCAAUAAAGACUCUGAAGUCCGGCUACACCGAGAAGCAGCGGCGGGACUUCCUGAGCGAGGCCAGCAUCAUGGGCCAGUUUGACCAUCCUAACGUCAUUCAUCUGGAAGGCGUGGUCACCAAGAGCAGCCCUGUCAUGAUCAUAACUGAGUUCAUGGAGAACGGGUCUCUGGACACCUUCCUCAGACAAAACGAUGGGCAGUUCACCGUGAUCCAGCUUGUUGGUAUGCUACGUGGCAUCGCCUCAGGCAUGAAGUACCUCGCCGACAUGAAUUAUGUGCACCGUGACCUUGCUGCCCGAAACAUCCUGGUCAACAGCAACCUUGUGUGCAAGGUGUCAGACUUCGGCCUCUCGCGCUUCCUGGAGGAUGAUACGUCAGAUCCUACUUACACUAGUGCUUUGGGAGGGAAGAUCCCUAUCCGAUGGACUGCACCCGAAGCUAUCCAGUACAGGAAGUUCACCUCUGCCAGUGAUGUGUGGAGCUAUGGGAUUGUCAUGUGGGAAGUCAUGUCCUAUGGAGAGAGGCCUUACUGGGACAUGACUAAUCAAGAUGUCAUCAAUGCCAUUGAGCAGGACUACCGGCUGCCCCCGCCCAUGGAUUGUCCCAGUGCCCUGCACCAGCUUAUGUUGGACUGCUGGCAGAAGGACCGCAACAACCGGCCCAAGUUCAGCCAGAUUGUUAACAACCUUGACAAGAUGAUCCGCAAUCCCAACACACUGAAGGCCAUGACCCCUUUAUCUUCAGGUGUUCACCUCCCUCUCCUGGACCGCAGCAUCCCAGACUUCUCCAGCUUCAGUACUGUGGAUGAGUGGCUAGAUGCCAUCAAGAUGGGCCAGUAUAAAGACAACUUUGCCAACGCAGAUUUCUCUACAUUUGAUGUGGUGUCUCAGAUGACCAUGGAUGACAUCCUGAGGGUUGGCGUGACGUUAGCGGGCCAUCAAAAGAAGAUCUUGAACAGCGUCCAGAUGAUGCGGGCACAGAUGAACCAGAUCCAGUCGGUGGAGGUUUGACCCUCCUACGUGGAGCAGGGGGAAAAAGAAGGCAGUUGGGAUGUGGGGCUCUGGGUGCAGAGGAUGGAGUGGAUUUUUUUGUUUGUUUUUUUCCAUAUGUGUGUCUGGUCUUCCCACCAGACCACCAUUCAUCCCCCCAUUCCCUUCUCCACUUCCUUCUGUGCUCCUCCUGUCCCCUUACCCUGACUCUCCCUCCAUUCUUGGGAUCAGCUGUGGAAAGUGGUGAAAACAAAAGUCCUUGUGAAGAAGCAUCAGACGGCCCGCAGCCAGCCCACCUAUAGAGCCAGAAACAUGGGAGGUUAGAAGUGACCAGCAACACAUUUUUUUCAAUCUUCCACCAUUUUUCAUUGAUGUUGAACUUCUUUUUUUUUUUUUUUUUUUUGGUUUGCUUCUGAUAAUUUUGUAAAGAUUUUUUUAAAGGAAAAAAAGAAGAAAAACUGAAAAAGGAAAUGAGUUUAUCUAAAUUUAUAGAUGAUAUAAGGCUGUACACUAGAUGAACUGAGUAGGAAAGCUACCCUUUAAAAGGGCAAAAAAAAAAAGAACACAAGGAAGAGUUGAGGAGACGGUCCUCAACAAGGUCUGGAUUUUUUUUUAUUUUUUUUUUUUGGACAUCGUGCAGAAACACAAAAUUCUCUGUGGAGGGGAGACUGGGUGAGCCGAUGUGUAAACCGAACUGUUUCCCCUGGAAAGAUAUUAUAAAAAAGUGAAAUAGACAACUUUUGGCAUUGACAAUGUCAAAAACACUUUCAAUCAGACUGACAAACACAGUGAAAUCAACACUAAAGAAAAGAAAAAAAAAAACAUUUUUCUCAUUGCAAGUAAUUUUCUAUAUCGUGUGACAUUUUGUGAUGAAGAUUCCCUCUCACCAUGCUUCCUUUCACAGUGAAAAUUUCACAGCCUGCCAAAUAGAAGUAUUUUGCACCCCAAUCAUGAUCCUGUACUGUACAUAUCAGAUGCACAUGACCUGCCAUGAGAUAAUGACUCAGAGAUAGCUAUAAUAACCGAUCAGUUCAGGAGCAGAACUGAUCACAGGGAGGGUUUGAGUUUAUUUGUUUAAGUUAAAAGAAAAAAAAAAAGCAAACUGAAUUCCUGUGUAGUUAUACAAAAUGAGAGACAGGUUGGUUAUACUGCACUGGAGUCCGGAUACACUAAGUCCCCGUUACAGCUUCCUCUCUCAUGUUCAUCUCCAGAGCUGUGUGUCCACAUAUACACAUGCAUAACACAUGCACAAAGAAGCAGUCGCUCCCAAAGCGUCGGGACUCGUUUGAUAGCAUGCUGAGUGAGUGGUUAAUUUCACAGUGCUUUGAUUUGUUGCAAUUACUAGAACUCUGUUUGGUAAGAGCUUAGAUUUGACACACUUUACAGAGUGUAAUGCGUCUGCAUUAUAAUCGGUCUUCUUCUGCCAGUUUUCCUUUUGAAAACACAUUUUUAUGUUUAAAGUUUUGCGAGCACCCGCGGUUUCUUUUUUUUUUUCCCUUUCUUUCCUCGCACACGCGCAGUCACACUCGUGAAUAGGCUUUACAGCAAGAUAUUGAUUGAAUGAAAAAAAAAACAAUCAUGCAAUGCAUUAUAUUGAUUUUUCUAUCGGUGUCAAUGAAUUGUUAUCACUUUUAGACUUUUUCUGCACUGAGUCUACUGUGUGACUCCAGCAACACACUCUGGAUCUUCCAUGAAUGCUUUGAAAUUAUUUUUGAGUCCCGUAGGUUCGGAACACCGUGUAGAUAAACAGCAUUUUCAUGUAACAGACCUUGGUUUUAUUUAAUACACAUGUAUGCAUUUAUUUGAUGGUUUCCUGUGAACAAUAAGAGCUCUCAGUCAUUGUUUGCGUUGUGGUCGGUAACCUGUUGGAAGGGCUUAUGGGGCGGGAAGGAUGGAGCUCAUAUCAAUGCAGUGAUUCUCCAGUGACGGUGAAUGUUCAAUCAGGCAGGGGUUUAUGUACGCAGCCACUAACUGUUAUCAGCGGCGGAGAGCUCCCACUGAGCUCCGUUCUGAGACCUGACAGCCAGACAUGGAUGUCCAGCUGUGAGCCAUCGGUCAGAUGUGUCUGGUCACAGCGGGGCGGCCGCACCCUGAUCUCUGCUGUUCUGUCCAGGCACCGAUUCCCUCCCCGUCCUCUUGAUCACAGACAUGCCUGUGGGCCACCUGUCUGCCGCUUCAACUGAUCUCCACACAGUCGGCUUCCAACAGUUGUCCGGUUUCAUCUCCAGCAGCAGGCAAACUGACACUCAUGAGCGGGGCAGUUGUGUCAUCUCCUGUCCUAAUGCUGCGUGCCACCGAGUACGAGAAGGAUUCCUCCAGACUGGACAAUGCUUCCAUGGUUGCUUGUACCAAAUCCUCAGAUGUAGACCGGAGUUUCCGUGUUGUCACUAGAGACCGCAUUAGCACCAAAGCCCCACUUAAAGGAAGUGAGAAACCUCAGUUACUGCACCGCCAUCAUCCUACCUUUCAUUAUCCCUGGCUGUUCAGAGAAUUUAAGGCCAGGAGUGGAUGGAGGGAUUCUCAUUCUUUUUCCAUUUUCAUCUGCGGUACCACACAUCGAACAAAUAUUUCCCUGGAAGCUUUUCAUAACAUAUGAAACUGGAGGAGGAGACUCAUGAGCUGUUAAGUCAUAGCUGAGAAGUGAGUGAUAAGUGAUGCUGUGACCUAAAUGCCACUGAUGCCAACAUGUAGUUUUAUUUAUUGUAUUUUUUUUUUCUGGCCUUUGAUUAUCUUCCCUUUCCAUUUCUCAAUACUCAACAGCUCAUCAGUUUUAUUUAGUUGAGGCCGUAUGCUCUCGCGGUACAGCAAAUAUGCUGUCGUCAGGAAAAACACUUAAGAAAUUAGUCUCAAGUAUACACGAGGCUGGUGAGGUUUCGCUCCAGCCCCAUUAAAGCUCAUUCAGAUGCUUGUCCUUGGAUGCUGCCAAGACUGUGAGUUAUUAAUCAAGCAAUUAUCCUUGAAGUUUGCUUAAAGGAAGUACCUAAAACAGGGUGGGCAGACAUGCUGCAGCAGUUGGAUAGUGCUGUUUUUUUUUGUUGUUGCUGCAUACUGUCUGUACUUCUUGCAGCUUGGAUAAUUCUUUUUUGUUUAGGUCUUCCUGAAAGUUUGUUUUCAUUUCAUCUAAUGGAGUUUAAAAACUUAAGUUUGAAUUUGGAGUGCUUGGAAACACAGCAUGAAGUGUCUGCUCCAUGUAGCUUAUGAUUCUCAUGGCACCAAAAAAACAGCACUGUUGCAGAUCGGAGCAGUGACCUGUGGGUCCCUAUGUUCAACUUCUAUUGAAAAAUGUACAGAAAAUGAUUUACUGAUUCAUCUUAGUGCAGUUUUUUAUGACUGGCAUGUUUCUAAAAGAAUUUUCACUCAGUGUGAUUAUUCUUUCACUGCCUCUGAAAUCAGACUGAAUAUUUCAUUUAAGUGAAAUUUCCUUUCUAUUUUUUUUUUUUGUAAAUGUUUUUCACAGUUCAGAACUGCAGUAGGAUUAUAUCAGAUUAUUUGAUCACUGGGAAAUUUGAUGACUUGUAUAUAAAGAAAUGUGUUUGUACUCUUUGUUUUAUUCACUUGCUUAUUUUUUUGCCCCCCUUCAUAACAGUUGUUUUCUGCCAUUCAUUUCCCCCUCCAAAAAACAGCAUGUGUGAAUACCUCAACAGGUGUAGUCUUACAGCAGCAAAAAAUAUGGCGUCUAUAAAUGCAGACUUCCGUUUUACAGUUUUCCCCUGGACGGUAAAGUAGUCGCAGUGUGGUGUUGAUGCCGGUUGAUGGUUUCACACAUUUUGCCCGCUGCAUUUUCCUGAGAAACAUGUUGUACUUUCUCCUUUUAAGCAAAGUAAAACCACUCAGCUCUGUCCUCACCGUGUGCCAGUU